UAUUAUAUACUACAUUAUUGUAAGGAAGCCUUGGUUAUCUAUCAUCAAAAUAUAAUUUACUUAAUGUGUGGGGAUUGUUUUCGAUACUGUCAACUGUAGUACAAUGGUAGACAUGUUUGCGUUUGUUUCCUUGUCAUGUUUGGUUAUUGCUUAAUUAAUUUAUACCUUAGCUCUCUGUUCUUAUUCCACGCUCCCAAUUAGUGUGAGCUUGUAUUCUACUGUGACUACAUGACUUCCGACAUUAAAUAUGUCGCCAUUAAAAAUAAUCAAUACCAUUAUCAUUGUUGAAAAUGUCAUGGGCAUUUUUAGAAAUUAUUUAUUUUUCAAACCGGAAUUUAAGAAGCUCGCCAAUUUAUACAUUGUUCUAAUCAUGUGUGUGAACAUUUACGGUUGUACAUUAUUUUAUCAGACAUCCUUGUUAGUAAUGAAAUUUAAAACUAACGACCGUAAUAUGAAUAUUUAUUCCCUUAUUUAUUACAACUUUGCCUCAAUUACAAUCUGCACCGCUGCAAUAAUUUUAGCCGUAUUUAAUAGACAUUCCUUUAAAACAUACGUCAAUAGUGUGUUCACUAUCUACAAGUUGUGCAAAAAUGACAUUAUAUAUCAAAACUCAAUGAAUAAACUGAAAAAACGCGUGCUUAUAGUAUCGUCCUUAUCUGUGGUUUUGUUAAUUUUUAGGAGUAUAUGUUACUUUUUAAUAUAUUUGAAAAGCAAGUUUCUCUUCGACCACGACGUUAACUUCUCUGUGGUUGUGUUCAUUGACCUGACUUUACAAUAUCGCUAUGUUAUUGAAAGUGUUACUUUCUAUAUUUUAUGUGACGUUGUAGUAUUUUGUUUGCAAUAUCUGAGUUGUUCUGUGCGUAUGUCUAAAGUAAAGCUAAAUCAUGAAGAUCUCGGUAAUGGGGAUUUUUUGAAACUCGAAGAUAAUUUGAAGAAGUGGGGUGUUGUCAGCCGACAGUUAUUGAUUUGUGUCAACCAGCUUUCAUCUAGUUUUGGAUUUUUGGUAAUUUUCUUUAGCAACCAAUCCAUAAUUUGUUUUUCAUCACACUUGCUCACGUCAUUCAUCACACUUUUAAACGGUGUUAUAGUUACGCCAGCAUACUGUGAUGUAGUGAGGAAUAUUAUGGCCUCGGGCGCAAUAGAUUUUUUGAAAUAUUAAAUUAAUUUAAGUAAAUUUUACGACCGGUUUGGCCUAGUGGGUAGUGACCCUGCCUACGAAGCCGAUGGUCCCGGGUUCAAAUCCUGGUAAGGGCAUUUAUUCGUGUGAUGAGCAUGGAUAUUUGUUCCUGAGUCAUGGAUGUUUUCUAUGUAUUUAAGUAUUUAUACAUAUUUAUAUAUUAUAUAUAUCGUUGUCUAAGUACCCUCAAUACAAGCCUUAUUGAGCUUACUGUGGGACUUAGUCAAUUUGUGUAAUAAUGUCCUAUAAUAAUAAUAAAAUCCUACAUUAUUUUGAGAAGUGUGAAGAAAACAAUGUAUGUGCCACGGGUGGAAACUACAGGAUUUACGAACUCGUAUUAAUUAAGCCCUCGCCUUCGGGUGCGGGCUUCAAUUUACACUCGUUCCUAAAUUAUUAUUUAUACACAAUGUACUAAUAAAGUUUAUAUUCUUGUACAAGAUAUUUCUUACUAUUUUUCGCAGAUGGGUUUAAUGUUAUCUGCAGCCACAAUUCAGCAUAUUAUGCUUAUAUAUAAAGCAGUAUGCAUCGUUCAAAUUCCAGUAAGUAGUGAUGUCACUAAUAUUAUGUUGUCUAUGAAACCUCACGAACCCGUCGCCACCAUAAGGUGCGACCAGACCGCAGCUUAAAAAACGGUCACGAUACGGAAUCGCAGUAACGCGUCGUAUGCGUACCGUUUUUGACGCAUGCUCCGCACACCGCUGCUUAAAAAACGGUGACGGUACGGAAUCGCAGUGACGUGCUUCACGCGAAUCUUUUUUGUUUACAAAACAGUUGCGUCUUUUACGUCACCGGUGUGGUGUCUGUCAUAAGAUCUCCGUGUAAUAUUUUUUGCGAUUUUUACGCAGAUCAAUUUAUGGUGCGACAGCGUAUUUUAAGCAGCGGUGUGGGGAGCAUGCGUCAAAAACGGUACGCAUACGACGCGUCACUGCGAUUCCGUAUCGUGACCCUUUUUAAGCUGCGGUCUGGUCGCACCUUUAUAUCAAAGUUACGCUCUCAUUGUUACGGCCAAAGAUGCCAAGUUGGUUUAUAUAUAUGCCGAUUAAAAAAAACUGCUGAAACACAAUUAUUCAGUGGAGACCAAAGAUGCACAUUUUACAGUACUAGAUAUAGCAUUAUUAAUGUUUAAUUUGAUCAGGAAGUGAGAGCUUACACACUAACCGUCAGCAUAGUAUCGACUAACUAUGUAACGGUAAUGCUGCUCAUCGUGACGAGCGGUCAGCGAGUUCGAAAGAGUGCGGAGAAGCUGGAUAAAGAUUUAGCAUCGAUGUGCAAUCUUUUGGAAGCCUGUAAGUGUAACAUUUUUUUAAAUUACCUUCCCGUACUGAAAAAUGUUCGCCGAGUGGAGCACAGACAGCUUUCACGCUGUGCUGCUUAAGAAGGUGGCGUCCCUGUGGCAACGCGUGCGGAGCAGCACACAGUCUUUUAAAACACCCCAAAAAGUGAACCGGUCUUUUUAUUCCACAUUAUGAUAGAUUGUGUGGAUUGGGUUUACAGAGCUGAAAUUCAGCAGAAUUGUGUAUUAUAUAAGGGUCUAAUUAUAAUUAAACCCCAAAAAAAUUGUAGUUUUAUUUUGAAUUAUUCAUGUCUUUUUAUUUUCCGGUAUCGGAAUUUCGCUAACUUUGAAAAUUAUUAUUUCAUAAUCUAUGUGCACUAGAAACGCGGGAGUUUCAGUCUAGUGUUUAAAUCCACAUAAUCUAUCAUAAUGUGGAAUAAAAAGACCGGUUCACUUUUUGGAGUGUUUUAAAAGACUGUGCAGCACCAACACUCUCCCGAAGGUGAUUGCGGUAAGGGUCGACAGCCCUCUUAUAGCUCACUGGAUGUCAAUGCAUGUUCGAUCCAAUGAGCAUUAUAUGUUCUACUAACAUUAACGUUUUAGUUUUAUAGUUUUGUUUUUCUUUGUUAGCUACUAAUAUAGUAUUGUAGACAAAAGUAUGGAUACGUGGUGUCUGAAAUAAAUAUUUUCAUUUUAAUUUUUUUUUUCAUUUUCAAAACUACCUAUGUUUAGUCCAUAAGCAUGUGUUUGACGGACGUAAAAUCCACGAUGAAGCUUGGUUUAAGAGCGUCCGCUAGCAUUUCUCGAGCGGAAUUAGUCUAAUAUUAUAAGUGUGUUGCCAUGGUAGCCAUACGAUUUGACAGUUCGUAGACUAAAUAUUAUUAGUCUAAUAGCGUUCGGGAAAUUUGGAUUGGGAUAGAUUGAUUCCUUGCAUUUCAUCAAAAGAAGAUUGUAUAGCAGCUAUAUAUAUAAACGCAAUAUUCCACCGACAAAACAGCAAUUUUUUUGUUUUUCAUAUUUACUUCAAGAUGGGCUCUCAGCGACCGUGACGUCACGAUCGCUUAUCGUUUUGUUAAGAGCGUUUCGCAAGUGAAGUACGACUGUCCAACUUUGACUUUCAUUUCUGACUUUCGGAUUACUUUAAUGCGAUGGGUUCCAUACAGACAUUGGAUCCUAAAAACAAACCUGAUCGAUUGAUACCAUCAAUAAAAAAAAUUACAUCUAGCCUAUAUUAAUAGGCUAAUAAUAAAUUAAUUAAUUAUAUCCAGGGCGCGAAGCGGAAGAUUGCGCUCGGUUGGCGCGCGCGCUGUGUCGGCGGCUGAGCGCGGCGCCGCUGCGCGUGCGUCUGCUGGGGCGGCCGGUGCAGAUGUCGCUGCUCACCGCCGGGCUAGCCAUCAUGGCGGACUGCACUAUCAUACUACUGCAGUUCAACCAAGUUGUAUAAUUAGUAGUGUGGAUUUAAGAAAAAACUUAGACAUGUUCAUGUUUUU